ACGAAAACUUUGUACGAAUAAGGUGUGUUCUUUUUUUCUCCCGAAGAACACCCUCGAUUAUAUUAAAAUUUCAACGUUUUCUCUUCCAAAAUUCAAUUGAUAAUAACCAACUACAAUUUCUUAAAAUUCGCGAGUUAAAUUUGAUAACUUCAAGUGGUCAGUCGACAUACAAUUUGAAUUCCCUUAAAGAAAUAUUAAAUUAAUAAAUUGAUUCCCUAAACAAAAAUGGAAAGCUGAAGUAACAAAAAAAAAAAACGGUAAAACAAAAAUCGAGAGUAGAGAAAAAUAAGUUCACGUCGUCAUAAUUUCUCAUUUUCAUUUGUCGUUUCGUGGUCGUCGUGGAUUCUUUUGUAUAAAAGAAAAUAUUACAAGAAUAAUAAAUUUCAAUUAUGAGACCACCUCCAGUGUUGUCUGUAAAAAGAAGUGUUGGAUGAAAAUACGUUUUUUUUAAUCUAAAAAUUUCAAAUAAAAUAAUAAUUAAAAACAAGUUAACGGGAUUUGGACACAAAGAACUUUGUGAAUGUCUCCAAUUAUCCUCCUUCCCACAAUAUUCCCAGAUUAUAAUUUUCCUUAGUUUAUUUUGUUAGUUUUCCUCUAUUAUUUUUCUGUUGUGUUGUGUUCUGUUUUGUUGAAAAUUUCAAUUUGAUUUCCUGCAAACGACGAAAAUUCCUCGAAAUUAUCGAUCCAUCGAAUCGUAAAAUACCUAUCUACUUCUGGACAAGCCCUUACCCCACUUCACCGUUCACCCAACGGCGCAUCAGCCAACAGAUAAGGUACCGUACCGUACUACCGAGUAGAGUGUGAGAGUGGUUGACACUCUUUGGUCUUUGGGUUGGGGGAAAACCCAAAAAGGAAAAUAAUCGGAAAAACUAAUUGAAGAAAAAAUACCUAAAGCAUAGGUACAUCUGCGAAAAUGUCGAUUAAUUCAAGGCUAAAAAGCGGCUCCAGCAGCAGCAGCAGCAGUAGCUCAAGUAGAUUAAUAUCGGUAUCGAUGCCUAAUACAACAACACCAACAACAAAAAGAACCGCAUGCAGAAACGCACGUUGCAUUCCCGUUAAACUGUUAUUUGUAGCUGUGAUAUUUGCAACUCUUAUUGUUGAAAGUUUUCAGGCUGAUGGUCAAUGUAUUUGGUAUGGAGUUUGUAAUACAAAACCAGGUGCGCUUAAUCAAUAUUGUUCAUAUAAUGGUUCGGCGCAAGCGAUUUCUCCAGAUGGUUUGGAGGCAUUAAAAGUAAGAUGUCCACAUCUCUUAGAAAAUGGCCAAAAGGAAUUUUGCUGUGAUGCUCAACAGAUAAAAAUUCUUAAUAGCAACAUUGGGAAAGCAGCUACCUUCCUUGAUCGAUGUCCGUCCUGCAUGGGUAAUUUAGUACGUCAUAUGUGUGACUAUACGUGUUCGCCCAAUCAAUCGAAUUUCCUAUAUGUAAAUUCUACAAAAACAUCAAAAGAUGGUAAAUUGUAUGUCAGUGCGGUGGAUUUACAUAUAACCACUGAUUAUCUUAAUUCUACUUACAAAUCCUGCUCUCAGGUUUCUGUUCCAUCGACAGGACAAUUAGCAUUGGAUAUUAUGUGCGGAGAAUAUCCAGCUUCAAGAUGUAGUGCAACAAAGUGGUUUCACUUUCUUGGCGAUACCGAAAGCAAUUCAUUUGUCCCAUUUCAAAUAAAUUAUAUACAACAUGCCGAUAAGUCACAGAUAAUUAACGGUUAUGCGCCAGUUGAUCCAUUAACAGUUCCUUGCAGCAGUCCAUUAAAUAAUAAAACACUUCCAUGUUCCUGUUCUGAUUGUGAAGCAUCUUGUCCAAUACCACCACCAGAACCGCCUCUUCCACAACAGUUUACUAUUUUCGGUUUCGAUGCAUAUUCUGUGAUAAUGUUGGUAGUAUUCUUAGUGGGUUCUUUGCUAUUUUUGAUGGGUGUCUGUCUGUUUCCAUCUAAAAAUGCUGAAGGUUUGAUGGGUGAUGUUUUGGAUAGCAGGCUUUAUAAUUCAACCGUUGGACGACGUUUAGCAGGACAUACAAAUAACGAUGUGACAGCCGAACAAGAAGACUCCCCACUCCAAUCAAAGCGAUCCAGCAUUUCAGGUGAUGGAGCUGAUACAGAAGUUGAUGGUGUCCAAACCGAUACCAUUGAUAUGGUCGAUGAUGACCCAUCAAAUAUUUUUGAUCAAUUAGGAGCUGAUACCGAAAAGUAUUUGGAAGCAUUCUUUACAGCUUGGGGAACAUUUUUUGCUACAUAUCCAUGGUUGACACUCCUAGGAGGUGUCUUUUUUGUUGCAUUCCUCGGAUGUGGUAUUAAAUUCCUGCACAUAACCACAGAUCCAGUCCAGCUGUGGGCAUCGCCACAAUCUCGAUCUCGUAUUGAACGUGAAUACUUUGACUCAACAUUCCAGCCAUUCUACAGAAUCGAACAAAUAAUUAUAAAAGCAGUCGAUAUGCCUCAAAUCAUACACAAUACCUCAAAUGGUCCAAUUACAUUUGGACCAGUAUUUGAUAAACAAUUUUUGCUAGAUGUUUAUAGUCUCCAGGAAGCAAUUAAAGCCAUCGGUCAGGAAGAAGGCAAGGGUUUGGAGAAGAUUUGCUAUGCUCCACUCACAGCAGCCUAUACAGGACCUGUGACCACAAAUGAUUGUGUUGUACAAUCGCUGUGGGGCUAUUUUAAAGAUGAUCUGGAAACAUUCGAGGAAACCUCCGAUGAAAAUGGUUACGAAAUUAACUAUUUGGAUACGAUCUAUCAAUGUAUGGGAAAUCCUUACCUUUGUUUGGCUCAAUAUGGUGGUCCAAUUGAUCCGGCUAUUGCGUUAGGAGGUUUUCUGAAAGAAGGCGAACAGUUUUCCGAUUCAACAAAAUACGAAACAGCUGAUGCUAUGAUCUUAACAUUCCUCGUGAAUAAUCAUCAUAACAAGGAUAAGCUUCAAGCAGCUUUGGAAUGGGAGGAAAAGUAUGUGAAACUGAUGCAGAACUACACCAAAUACAACAUGAGCAAGAACAUGGACAUUGCAUUUUCAUCAGAGCGGUCGAUUGAAGACGAACUCAAUCGGGAAUCACAGUCGGAUGUGCCGACAAUUUUGGUAUCUUAUCUGAUUAUGUUCCUUUAUAUUGCCAUCUCUCUGGGUCAAGUGCAGGAGACAAGUCGUGCAUUUAUCGAUGUCAAAAUCACACUUGGCAUUGGAGGUGUUGUGAUUGUGCUUGCAUCUGUAGUGUGCUCUGUUGGUGCCUUCGGAUUCAUUGGAUUGCCAGCGACUUUGAUCAUCGUUGAAGUAAUACCGUUUCUUGUGUUGGCUGUCGGGGUGGAUAACAUCUUUAUUUUGGUUCAAACAUACCAGCGGGAUCCUCGCAAACCCACAGAGACCCAUGAAGAACACAUUGGACGAAUUCUUGGUCGUGUUGGUCCAUCGAUGCUGCUCACUUCGGUUAGUGAAAGUUGUUGUUUCUUCCUCGGUGGACUGUCGGAUAUGCCAGCAGUGAAGGCGUUUGCUCUUUACGCCGGUAUGGCUCUGUUCAUUGACUUCUUGCUGCAAAUCACCUGCUUCAUCAGUUUGCUGACAUUGGACACAAAACGACAAAAUGAAAACCGUUUUGAUAUCUGCUGCUGCAUCCGGGGCAAGAAAGCCGAUCCAUCGCAAUUCACCGAAGGACUGCUCUAUAAAUUCUUCAGGAGUGUCUAUGUUCCUUUCUUGAUGAAGAAGAAUAUUCGCAUUUUGGUGAUGAUUGUCUUCUUCGGUUGGCUAUGUUCUAGCGUGGCGAUAGCGCCAAGAAUCGAUAUCGGAUUGGAUCAGGAACUCUCGAUGCCCGAAGAUAGUUUUGUGUUGCACUAUUUCCAGUCGUUGAAAAAAUUCUUAGGAAUUGGACCACCGGUUUAUUUUGUACUGAAAUCUGGUUUGAAUUUCACCCAAACCAAAGAACAGAACUUGGUGUGUGCGGGACAAUUUUGCAAUGACGAUAGUGUCCUCACACAACUCUACAUGGCAAGCAAGCUUUCAAAUAGAACAUAUAUUGCACGACCAGCGUCAAGUUGGAUUGAUGAUUACUUCGAUUGGGUUACGAAUCCAAGUUCUUGCUGUCGAGUCGACCCAAAAACCAAUGGUUUCUGUCCUCAUUAUGACACAUCAUGUGAUGUAUGUGAAAUGCAAAACAACUCCAUGAGCAACAUGAAACGACCAACUGAACAUGAUUUCAAUAAAUAUCUGCCGUACUUCUUAAUGGACAAUCCAGAUGAUUCGUGUUCCAAAGGUGGACAUCCAGCCUAUGGUGACGCUGUCAAAUAUGUGGCCAAACCAAAUGGUUCUCUAGAGAUUGGCGCAUCACACUUCAUGGCCUACCAUUCGAUUCUAAAAACAUCAGCGGAUUAUUACUUAGCACUUCGAUCGGCUCGGACAAUAUCAGCCAACAUAACGAACAUGAUUCGAGGGCGACUUAUGUCACAGGGUGUACCAUUGAGUGAGGCACUCAAAAUCGAAGUAUUCCCUUAUUCAGUAUUCUAUGUUUUCUACGAGCAAUACCUGACUAUGUGGCCGGACACCCUGAAGAGUAUGAGUAUCUCUGUGAUGGCUAUCUUCAUUGUUACUUAUUUCUUGAUGGGUUUCGAUAUACACUCAUCGCUUGUUGUCGUCAUCACAAUAACAAUGAUUGUGAUUAAUCUUGGUGGUGUUAUGUACCAUUGGAAUAUAUCCCUCAACGCUGUGUCGCUGGUCAAUCUUGUGAUGGCCGUUGGUAUAUCAGUUGAAUUCUGUUCACAUUUAGUGCAUAGUUUUGCUAUUUCGGUUCAAAGUACGCGAGAGAAACGUGCUGCCGAUUGUCUCACAAAAAUGGGCAGUUCUAUAUUCUCGGGCAUAACAUUAACUAAGUUUGCUGGAAUUUUAGUUCUGGCACAUGCCAAGAGUCAGAUAUUCCAAGUUUUCUACUUCAGAAUGUACCUAGGCAUUGUGUUGAUUGGUGCUGCCCAUGGUCUCAUUUUUCUGCCUGUGCUGCUAAGCUAUAUUGGCGUGAUGCCCCGAAGAGGAGGAAAUCGAAGCAGAAGAAGAAGAACAACAACUCAACACAGGCCAAACAACAAUUAUAACAACCCAAGAACGAGUUACCAUCCCGACGACACAAUCAAUCCAUCUUCUACACAUUUUUCUCCGGUUCAUCCGUCUCCAUCGCAAUCAUCCUACGGAAGUAUAGAUUCUGAAACCGUACUUCAUCCAACACAAAAAUAUACCCCAAUCACUUGCGAAUAAUACGAAGAAAAACAAUAAUGAUAAAGAGUGCGUGUGCGGUGUGUGUAUGUAUAAUAGUUAUAAUAAUAAUAUUAAAAAACCUAAACUAAAACUAAACUAAAUUAAAAAAAAAAAGUUAAAUCAGGAAAAUCAUAAGAAUGAAGUAUUUUAAAAUUAUUAUUAUGAAAAAUAUAUAUUAAAAAACAAAAAGAAAAGUAUUUAUAUUAGUAAAAUAUGUUUAAACUAUAUAUAUAUUUAGAAGGAGUAAGUAACUAAAAAAAUAUAAAUUUAUAAUUAUUAUAAAUGAAUGUACUGAAGGAAAAGACAGAAAAGAAGAACAAACAAAAAUUAACAAUAUUGUAUUUACACAUAAAACUAUCCUCGAAGUAGAACUUUAAGGAUGUAAGCAACACAGCAGUACAGGAUACUGAAACUGAAAACUGAAACUGAAAAAAAUAAAUACAAAGAAUGUCUGAAUAGUAAUUUUGUAAUUUUGCAUUAUAUUAUGUAUGAAUAUGAAUUGAA